AUGGGAUCUCUCCCUAAGCUUGCUGUGCCUAAGGGCUCCGCUGUCCUCGUGACUGGAGCAAACGGUCUCCUGGGCUCCCAUAUUGCUGAUCAGUUCCUCACUUACGGAUACAAGGUCCGUGGGACUGUUCGAGACCUAGAGAAGAGUUCAUGGCUCGUCGAUGUCUUUGAGAAGAACUAUGGAAAGGGAAGCUUUGAAUUAUUCAAGGUUCCAGAUAUGGCCGUUGAAUCCGCUUAUAACGAGGCUGUAAAAGGCAUCUCUAUCGUAGCUCACUCGGCAUCCACCCUAACCUUUGACCACAACCCCCACAAUGUCAUUCCUGACGCCAUUGCUGGUGCUAUCAAUGCCCUGAAAGCCGCUCACGCCGAGUCCAGUGUGAAGCGUUUCGUAUUCACUUCGUCGUCGGCCGCUGCUCUUCUCUCAAAUAUCGACGCGCCUGGCAUAAAGGUAACAGGGGAGACGUGGAACGAAGAAUCAGUUAAAGAAGCAUGGGCAAACCCCCCGUAUACUCCCGAGCGAGCUGCUUCUGUUUAUUCUGCUAGCAAGACCCAGGCGGAGCAGGAAGUUUGGAAAUAUCACAAGGAGCAUCAGAACGAGCGUCCUGAUCUUGUGGUCAAUACUGUGCUACCUAACGUGAACUUUGGAAAGUCCGUCGAUCCCGUUCACCAAGGCUUUCCCAGCAGUGCUGCAAUGCCCACCUUGUUGUACAAGGGACAGGUUGUUGACUUCCACCACAUGGUUCCUCGACAAUACUUCAUCGAUACGCAAGAUACUGGUAGACUGCAUGUUGCCGCCGGUAUCUUUGAACAUGUACAAGGCCAACGCAUUUUUGGAAUGGCUUAUCCUUUCAGCUGGGAUUCGAUCCUCGAAAUCCUACGAAAGAUUGAGCCGGAGAAGACAUUCCCCGAGAACUUCUCAGGUGGAGAAGAUCCGAACGAAAUCGAGCCCCGCGAUAAGGCAGAGCAGCUCCUCCGUGAGCUCGGCCGUCCCGGGUGGACGACCUUGGAGGAGUCAAUCCGGGGUACCGUCGAGGGCCUGCAGCUGGCCGAGAAAGCUGCCUCCGCUUAA